CUGGUUUGGAAGAUUGAAACACUACUCGGCAGUAUAGACUGAGUCUUCUUUUUUCCUGAAGAAAACGAAAUAGCGUUUUUGAAGAGAAUAAUUUAAUGAAUAUAAUGACAGAGUUUUUGGAGAUAUUUCGUACGCUUUUCAUAGCCAAUUUACUUAUUCACCAUGUCAAAUGUUUUGAGGGUCAACAUAUUUCAACAGUUCAAACAGCACUGUAUGAGAAUGAGACUCUAUUUCCACAACUUAUGGUUCCAACAAUACAGUUUGGUGAAGACAACCUAAAUGAAACCGUAAGUUCUGUUGAAACAGUUAAUGCCUUGCAAACCACUAAACAAGAUACAGAUUUCUCUAAGUUGGCUUCAGAAUUUUCGAACAUAAAUGUCAGCACCGUAACUGACCAAAGCGUAAACAAGAGCAUCAUGUUGUUUCGUAAUCGUUUAGAAAAAACAGAUUUAACCACUAAUAUUACGAUUACAGAAAGAAUAGGUAAUAUUAUUCAGGAAGAUUCAAUUAAUUUAAAAAACGAGUCAGACUUUGUUGCUAAUAACAGCUACCUAGCAAGAGUUCCUAAAAGAAAUGUUAUAAAAAUAGUUUUGUCAACUGUUACACCUAGCAACGAACCGAACAAAAAUCAAACUCCUAGCUCUGAAAUUGAAAUGGUAACUAUUCCUCAACCAGGGCGUCCACACUAUCUGCCCUUGUUUCCUUUCAUAUCACAUGUACCUUCAUUGCCUGGGUUUUACUCCUUCACUGCUAUUUCAACCGAAAUGGUACAGCUUAACGUAUCUCAUCCUUCUCAACUUGAAUGUUCUUCUGCUCACUACUACUGCUCUUUCCCAAACCGCCAUUUAAAAGAAGGUAUUUUUAACUGUUCAUGUAGAAAAGACUGCUCAGAUUACGGUGACUGUUGCUGGGAUGCACCGGUGCAAACUCUACGUGAAGAACAACGUGGAGUGAGCUGUGUUUCUAUGAUGGAUAAAUAUCGUACGUAUAAAACCUACUACAUGAUGACUCGUUGUUCUUCAAAAUGGAAGGAUGUGGAAAUUCGGCUACUAUGUGAAUCAUCAAGCCAACAAUCACCAGAUGAAUUUUUGAAAAUACCAGUAACCAGCUUGGAAUUUGGUAUCACUUACAAAAAUAUCUACUGUGCUGUAUGUAAUGAAGACACUAACAUCACAAUUUGGGAAUCUCACCUUAUAAAUUGUUCUCUGGAGACUUUCAAUAACAUGACAUCUGAUGAGCGUCACAGAUGUGCACAUGCUAUUUCUUUGCCGCCUUUGUUAUCAGAUGAUGCUCUUAAAGUUCUAAAAUCUUGCGACAAUACUGUUAUCUCUAAUUGUUUGAAUUGGUGGUUACUUCAACAAGAUGAUGGUUUAAGUAAAACGACAAAAAUUCAUGAGAGAUGUCUUUCUUACUAUGCGCCUGUAAAAGUGUCGGUUAAAGGGAUAAGAAUGGUGUAUAAAAAUAAAUAUUGUGCAUUUUGUAACGGUAUCAAUGUAGAACACUUAAGCUGUACUUCAACCGAACUAAUGAAGACAACAAAGACAGAAGGAGUUCUCCUGCCUUCGUAUUCUUUACUUAUGGACAUUGACUUCGUACAUGGAGGAAACGUUAUUGGAAGAAAAGAACGUUGCCCUCGUUUACAUGUGUACGAUCCAUGGAAAAAUAUAUGCCGCAACGUUUUCUGUGGACGUUUGUUUCAAAACGUAAACGGAGUUUGUCUUCAGAAGUCGAAAUCUGAUCGUAAUAAUAAGUUGAAGCUCGGACCUCAUUCAGGCUCCGUGGGGUGGUUAAACAGCACUAUCCAUUCUAAUUGCUCCAAAAUCGCUGUUUCUGAUGAUGCGUUCAUUGUUAGCGACAACAAUACCGUUACUCUUCUUCCAACUAAAAAAAGGUUAGAAGUGGGAGAAUAUGAGCCAGUAACAUCCAAAAGCAUUUUAAUAUGCAUUUUCAAAAGGAACUACAUUUUUAAAUUUGAUGAAACUCAUGGUUACCUCACGGUUGUCUGCAUAAGUAUUUCUUUAGUUUGCUUGUUUGGAAAAAUAUCCAGUUAUUUCUUUAUGUCUGAAGGCAAGAAAUUACCGGCACGAAUUGUUCUAUUUUUGUCUAUUUCUCUCUUCUUCGCCCAAUCACUGUUUUUGUUUGGCAUUCAUAAGACCGAAUUUCAAGUGGCAUGCUCCUUCGUUGGCAUCGCUAUGCAUUACUUUUUCCUAGCUUCAUUCUUUUGGGUCAAUGUUCUUGCUUUUGAUAUUUGGAAGACCUUCUCUUCUCUAAAACUGGUAAAAAGUAAUUAUGCUAAGAAUCAGUUUUUGAAGUACUGUGCCUACGGUUGGCUAACACCUUUGUUUAUCGUUGUCAUAGCUCUUCUCUUUAACUUGGCAAAGACAGGACCUUUAUACCCUGGCUAUGGUGAUGGCAUCUGCUGGAUUUCCAAUCGCGUGGCUUUGUUGGUUUUUUUCGCAACCCCUCUGGGAUUGUUGCUGAUUUCAAACCUUACUUGUUUUAUCUUCACAGCAAUUAAAAUAAACCAAACAGACAAAACCACAAGACUUGCCUAUGAAAACACUGGAAAAAAAGACAGGGUUCGAUUUAUUCUUUACAUCAAACUAGCUCUAAUCAUGGGACUCACGUGGGUAUUUGGAUUUUUCGCAGCCUACGCGAACAGCGACAUCUUGUGGUAUUCCUUUAUUAUAUUCAACGGUCUUCAGGGCGCAUUCAUUUUCUUGGCACUCACCCAACUCAGAAUCCCAAAACGCAUGAUCAGAUUACAAAUGCCGUUUCGAUUUUCUAGAUCUCAAGACGUCAAUGGCAAACAAGUGUCUUUUCAGUCGAAAUCCUCAGCUACACAGUCUUCGAAACUGUGAAACAGUUGUAAAAAAGGGAUGCAGCUGAGGGACAUUGGGAUAGAAAUUUGUGAUAGAAAAUAUAAUUAUCGCACUUUAGAGCAUAAAAGUUUCUUAAUAAAAUUAUUUCAUAUUUUACUAUUUCUGCACGUGUUCAUAAACCUCUAACAAAGACGAUUGGAUUUUUGUAUUAGCUAAGCCUUUUGUGUAUAUAUAUAUAUAUAUAUAUAUUCUUAGAAUAAAAAAAUCUUCCUUAAUCGGGUCUAAAUUCUAACUGGUGUUUCAAGAAGUUCCUUGAUUAAGAGCAUCAGUAUGAAACUAAACUGUGUUGAAAAUUAAGACAUUGUGUUUGUAUAACAAAAGAGCAAAACUUGAGCUUCACUUUGCAGUUUAUUUCAUUCGUCGUAGAUACAGAAAUCACUUGUUUUCUGUAUUUAGAUUUUUCAAUUCACUGCAAAAGCUAGUUAUUAUUUAAAAUUUGUCAUUGUUAUACCCUCUAAAAAUGUUCCUCGGUAGGGCAACAAUAAGUUUAAGAAUUUAAAUUGCUAAAAUCCGGGAUUCGAUUCCCCGCGGUGGAUUGAGCAAAUAGCCCAAUGUGGUUUUUCUCUAAAGUAACCAGUAAAAAACCCACUAAAAAAGACUAAAAUGAUAAUUAAAUAACUUAAAAUAUCAUCUCGUGUCUAUUAUUCUAAAUUAGUUAUUUUUUCUCAACUUCGUUGAAAGUCACUCUCGUUAUUUUGUAAAUUGAGGAAUAUAAAAUCAAUAAAUUUAUAUAUAUAUAUAUAUGCAGUAAACAUGAAACAUGAUUUAGUUUUAUACGUUGUAAAACAUCUGAAGAAACUAUUCGUUAUUGUUUGAUAAUUCUUCGUGUGGUAUUAAAAAAUUAUACUCGUCAAAGUUAAGUUCCAUACAAUGUUCAAUACACAAAUUAUUCAUCUCAAUGCGUCUGUUUAUUGUUUGUCGCAAUACUAUGUUGAAAUUUCAGUGUUUUAUAAAAAAGAUUUAAGUGUGUAUUUAUCUUGAAAAUCAAAUUAAUCAGAGUUGUUGUUUCAAUUAUCAGCAGAAAUGAGAAUCAUUGCCCUGAUAUAAUUUUUACUUGAUAACUUUUCUACAAAUACCUAAUAAUCGUUACAGUAUUCAAGUAAAGUAAUUAAUGAAUCUAGGAAAAAUAUGUUUCAAACUUCCAAGUAUUCAAUUUUCCACUAACAUUACAAUACACGAGCAUCUGCACUCAUGGUCUGUAAUAUAAAAAGCUCCAUCUAACGUUGUUAAUAUAAUUUUUUCACAAAUUAUUCUGUUUACCAUGUAUAGAUUAUAAAUAGUGCAUUGUUAAUUAGACAAACUAACCAGGUUUUACUUACAAAGGGGAAAUAUUUUUAACACUCACUAGAAGAAUAGUUAAAUUUUAUGAAUUAAAGAUUUGAUCAAACUAAAACUUUUUCCUGCUUUGGCUACUUUUAAUUCAUUUCAUAAUUACUUUCACGUUGUAUCAAUUAGAAGCUCAUUUUUACUAUGGAGAAGUAGAUACAAAAAAAUCCUUAAGAGAAUACAAAUAUGCCAUUGUUGUUCGAUAUUGUCCUCUGCUCUUCUAUGUCAAAAGCAAGUGUAGUAAAUUUCAAUCUUUAGCUCAGUUGUGCUAGAUACUAACAAUGUUUGCACAUGUUUUAUGUAAGCGAUCUCCACGUAUUAAAAAUGUU